UGCACAGCAACCUUUGGACUGACAAACAAAACGAGUUCAGCUCGUGUGAAUAAAACAACAUGUGUAGAACCUGAAACCGAACCCGAACACAUCCACAAUAAUCUCUUCAUGAAGCUGCUGAAGAAGAACCUGAGAGAACGGUUCGGUUCCGAUGAGGGAUGGAGCUUAAAAACGAUUUCACUUCGAAUCCGAGUCCCGCGAACCGAGUGUCACGUGCUCCUCAUAAAUGGAGUUCGUCGAAAUGUCUGAUUAUCUUCAUCUUCACCACCAUCAUCCUCAUCCUCGCAGCAUCUACAUCUCUUCUUUGGUACUUUUUAGAAUACAGGGUUUGGGUUCAGGAGCCGCGUAUUAUUCAGCAGUACACGGCCAGAGUCUCCAUACUGAAUGAGAACUUCACCAAAGAUCUCUCCAGACAUGAGAGCUCAGAGUUCAGAGUUCAGUCCAAGCGUGUGCAGAGCAUGGUGGAGAAGUUGGUGAAGUCCACAGAUCUGUCCAGAUACUUUAACUCUACGGUGGUCUUUGCUUUCGGGGAGGGCAGUCUGGUGGCUCAUUUCUGGCUGCUCCUCUCAGUUCCCAGCAGUCACAGAGAUCAGAUGAACGUCCAGCGAGUGAAUGAAAGUCUUUACCGAGAGCUUCAACACUUUACAGGAGAAGAUGAAAGGCACAUCUGCACUUAUGAUGGUUUUCAACUCCUAAUUUCAUCUUUCACUAUAACCGAAACGACCCCUAAAGUUAUAGAUCUGUUUCAAGCUUCAUUUGACUGUUAUCGGUAUCAGUCGGUGCUCUCCACAGACGUUGUGAUACUGGAAGGGCCGAAUACACAGCGAUCGUCGUGUCUGUGGCACCUGAGGGCUCCUGCGGGCUCCCGGCUGGAGCUGAGGGUCGAGUGGCUUCUGUCCGAGUGUCGGGAUCGACUGAUCAUUUACGACUCCGUCACUCCCACAGAUUCACACCUCAUCACCUCUCUGUAUGGCUGUAGCAGAUACGAGCGGGUCGUUCAGGUGUUGUCAUCUGCUGAUUGGAUGACUGUAGUUUGGAAAGAGGGUCUGUAUAAUUAUAAAGAUCCUUUCUCUCUGAGUGCACGAGCGUGGCCGGAUCAGGAUUGUUUAUUCACUGUUGUGUUAGAGAAGAGAGAUGGCGUUCAGGGGAUUUUACAGACUCCUUUCUACCCCAGUUAUUACCCUCCUGACACCAACUGCACCUGGCUCUUUACUGUGCCGUCUGUAGAGUUCGGGUUAACUUUGGCUUUUGAGGGAUAUGAAUUGAAUCGUGCCAGUUACACGCAGACCUGCACGCAGGGCAAAUGGAGCAUACAGAACCGCAGGUUUGUCCUCUCGUUGCCGUCCGGUGUUGUGUGUUAUUGCGUGAUGAUGAAAGUGUUUGUUGCGUUCAGGAUGUGCGGGGUUCGAGCGCUGCAGCCGUACGCCGAGAGGAUUUACGUGCUUUCCUCCGAGGUCACGGUCGCCAUGACGUCAGAGGUGUCGCUCACGGGUCCGGGGUUACAGGUUCACUACGGCAUCUUCAACCAAUCGGAUCCGUGUCCGGGUCAGUUCCUGUGUAACGUCAACGGCCUUUGCGUCCCGGCGUGCGACGGUAUCGCCGACUGUCCCAACGGCCUGGACGAGAGAAACUGCGUGUGUAUCGCUCAGUUUCAGUGUACAGAAGACAGUCGGUGUGUUGACUAUUAUAAAGUCUGUGACCAACACUCAGACUGCAGUGAAGGCAGCGAUGAGCAGAACUGCACUCAUGCUGUGCCGUGUUCAGACCUCACAUAUGUGUGUGAAGACGGAGCGUGUCUGAAAAAACCAAACCCAGAGUGUGAUUUUAUCACCGACUGCCCAGACAAAUCUGAUGAGAAAUACUGCGACUGUGGUCUGAGGCCGUUCAGCAGUCGUGUGGUGGGCGGGGCUGAUGCGGUGGAGGGGGAGUGGCCAUGGCAGGCAAGUCUGCAGGUCAGUGGUCGUCACAUAUGUGGAGGAGCUUUAGUCUCGGCCCAGUGGGUGAUAUCUGCAGCUCACUGCUUCUAUGAUGACAGACUGUUCUCCCCGUCAGUAUGGACGGUCUAUCUCGGUAAACUUCGUCUCAGUGGUAACAGUCAGACAGAGGAAGCCGUCCGGGUGUCACACAUUCACCUGCAUCAUUACUAUGACGAUGAGACGCACGAUUAUGACGCUGCGCUGCUGCGGUUGGUGCGGCCCGUGUGGUCGGGUACUUUAGCUCAUCCCGUCUGUCUGCCACCCAGAACACAUCAACUGGAACCGGACCUGCUGUGUUGGGUCACGGGCUGGGGGGCGCUCCGAGAGGGAGGAGGAGCAAGUGAUGUUCUGCAGAAAGUAGACGUGCGAUUGGUCAGUGAACAAGCCUGUGUCCGUUCCUAUGGUUACGCGAUCACUCCCAGAAUGAUUUGUGCCGGUUAUCGGAGCGGAGGGAAAGACGCGUGUCAGGGUGACUCCGGAGGGCCGCUGGUGUGUCAGGAACCGUCUGGUCGCUGGUUUCUCGCUGGUGUGGUGAGCUGGGGCAGAGGCUGCGGGCGGCCCGAUUAUUAUGGGGUUUAUACACGUAUCACCAAACUCACCACCUGGAUCAAACAGCUGAUUUCUUCAUGAGGAACAUCUGAACUCGGUGUAUUUAGAGACGGGUCAGGAGAAACCUUACAGACGAGAGCUGUGAGCAAUGAUGAGAGUUACAUGAGCUCUAAGUCUUCUGGGUAAUCUGGACUACGACAGUGUGAACAUGAGUUUAUUUCUAGACCGGACUUACACACUGUUGGUAAGAGAUGUGUUUAUCCUGAAGUGAAGUACACAGACGGUUAAGCAUCGCUGUAUAUUUUGUUUUAGUGUAAUGAUCAGAUAAUAUAUUUACUAAAACAUUUACUCACUUUC